GUGGUCUUAUAGAACUCUUCUCAAAGAAGGUAGCCGGCAAAAAUAAAAAUUAAAAUGAUAGAAUCUGGUAAAAAUCCAGAUUUUGAGAUACCUACUGAAGAUAUAACAUAUGUUGUUGAAUUUUGUAAUACAGAAACAAGUUCCCAUCUUCUAGCCGCGGGUACAGAUUCGAAAGUUUCAGUAUACCUUUGUAAAUUCAAGGAAGAGGACGAUGAUGUUGAAGAUUUUGACUAUGAACGACUCGCUGAAUUUCAGAAUGGUUGCCGGGCAACAGCAAUAGCAUGGAGUCCAGAAACAACCAUCACCUCCUUGCCUAAAGUUCUCAGAUUUGCUGUAGCUGGAAGUGACAGAAGAAUUCGGGUUUUUACCACAGAUUUGAAAGGAAAUGACUCCGUAGAAAUAUUAGAAGGACACACAGACUUUGUGAAUUCAGUGACCUUUGACCCUGACACGGGAGACCAGCUUGCUAGUGUAGGGGAUGACAGGUGGUGCCAGAUCUGGGAUAGAGAUGGAAACAAACAGUUGAAGUUUCCCCUUGGUGCCCCAGGAAUGUCAGUUUGUUGGCAUAGAGAGGAACCAAUGAAGGUUAUGGUGGGUCAGAAAGAUGGGGUUAUAAAAAUUUUCAGCCUUAGUGGACAACAACAGUUGAUGUCUUUUGAUACGGGACAGGUGCCACUGAUGGAAGCUGAUUGGAGUGUCGGGAAUAAAGGGCUGCUUAUAGGGGCUGUGGCGGGGACAGACUGGUUUAUGUUUGACGUUUCCGUGUCAAGUCGUCCAGUAGAAAGACGUCAGAUACAUGUAGAAGGUGCGAGACAUUUCCGUUGGGCGAAAUGUCAUGAUUCCCUCGUUGCGACUGUAGGAAGACCUGGCCGCCAGAUCAAAGUAUUCAAUACAAAACAUCAACAGAAUCCUCUGACAAUAUCUCAACCGAUUACAUACAGUAUCAGCUGGCACCAGAAAGUUACCUGCCCUUGCUGCCGGGGGUGAUCACAAAGUUCAUAUUUAUAUGUUUGAUUCAUUGUAAUAUCAUAUAUGUUUUGUAAAGUAAAGUGUAAAAAUUUUGUA